AUUGGUUUCUUCUUUUCCGCCCUAGUAGGCGUUGAAGCCACGCGACAAGCACGAUGCCCUUCAGCCCUUAUAUAAAAGAGUAAAAGACUAAAGAGGGAGCGAAGGUGGUAAGGCAUCUGUCUCAAGAUUCGCUUUUGGUCAGCAGCAUAGCAGAGAUGCAGUCACUGCAAGAGAAGGCCUCACAGUGGAGUGGAGUUGACCAGGCCGAUGCCUUCGCCAUUGACAGCACCAACUUGUUCGAGAAACUCGGGCUCCAAACCUUCAUCAAUCUCUCCACCAAUUUCUACACCAGGGUUUUUGAUGACGAAGAAGCGUGGUUUAGGUCAAUUUUUGCAAAUUCGAAGAAAGAGGAAGCGAUCCAGAACCAAUACGAGUUUUUCGUUCAGAGGAUGGGAGGACCACCUCUGUAUUCUCAGCGGAAAGGCCAUCCUGCCUUAAUCGGGCGUCAUAAACCAUUCCCAGUCACUCAUCAAGCUGCAGAGAGAUGGUUGCAUCACAUGCAGCAAGCAUUGGACACCACUCCAGACAUUGAUGCAGACACAAAAGUCAAAAUGAUGAAUUUUUUCAGGCACACUGCAUUUUUCCUUGUGGCUGGGAAUGAACUGAAGAAUCAAAACCAGCCAGUCUCGUGUAAACAUGGAGCCAGUAAGCCAGCUACUGCAGUGUAGUCUUGACAAACUAGAUUUACUCAUUCAUUUCACAGAGAUACCAUCAGUUAUCCAACCUCUUACAGUAUUUAUAUUUGCAUGUAACUGUACUUGUUAUGUAAUCCUGAAUUGGGUACAAUGCCAUGUUGUGCGAUUGCAAGGUAUGGAAUUCAUGAACACAUUAGCAGGAUGCUAACUUAUAAUCAAUAAAUUUCUUACACUUUGAGGAUGCA